GACGGGAGGCCCCCGGGCUUCGGCCUGUCGAUGAGUAAACAGAUGUGUUUCUUCAGCUGGAAGAAAUUGUAUAGUUGCGCUUUUUUUAACUGGAGGAGCAUUUGAGAGAACUUUAAGAAGGCUAUAGAUUUUUUUUUUCCUUAGCUGCAGGCUUUCACGGCAGAAGGCCGGGCGUGCGUUUCUUAAGUAUUCUUACAGUAUCUUUUUCAGCGUGGUUUUGUGGAGAAAUCGAGCUCCUUGAGAGUUUUUGGCCCUUCACCUUAAGAGUGAUAAACAAGUUCCAAGCACAGUUACACACCUUAAAUGUGCUUGGGCACUUCAAAGCUAAUAGCAGGCUAGAGUUUGUUAACCACUGAUGUUCCUGAGGUGACAACUGCCAGAGUUUCGUAGUACUGCAGUCAAAGACGCACUGGCUUGGCUCUCCAGGGAACUCACUUUUUUUAACUUGAAAGAAAAUGUCUUCAUCUAACAUUGCAGCAAGAGCGGAAACUUGGCUUUCAUCCACAUGGCAUGUUAAAGUUCCUUUGACAUGGCUGGAAGCAUGUAUUAAUUGGAUCCAGGAAGAAAAUAAUGGCAGUAACUUAAGUCAAGCUCAGAUUAACAGACAGGUGUUUGAGCAAUGGCUUCUUACAGAUCUAAGAGAUUUGGAAUAUCCCAUUUUGCCUGAUUGCAUUUUGGAUGCCCCCAAAGGAGAAUUGUCUGGCUUCUACUCAAUACAGAUUGAUUCUCUAGUUGAUGUUAGCCAGCCAGCUUAUUCCCAGUUGCAGAAGCUAAGAGGAGAAAGUACUGUAAAUGAAGAAGUAACAGCCAACACUCAGGUGUUCCAAAAGCCCUGGGAAGCAAAGCCUACUCGAAUGCUGAUGCUGCAGCUAACUGAUGGGGUACAUCAAAUUCAGGGCAUGGAAUAUCAACCUGUCCCUGUCCUGCAUAGUAAUCUUCCUCCAGGAACAAAAGUCACUGUACAGGGUAAUGUAGCAUAUCGUCUUGGUGUCCUUUUGCUUAAACCAGAAAAUGUAAAAUUGUUGGGGGGUGAAGUGGAUGCUCUUCUAGAGGAGUAUAGUCAGGAAAGAGUCCUUGCUAGAUUAAUUGGAGAGGCUGAGAAUCCUAGUCCUGUUGGACGAACGGAUCACGAACAAAUUGUUCCAAGGCCUGUAGACGAAUUGGUGCAAACUCUAGGCCCUUCAGAUGAAGAGCUUUUAGCCAGUCUUGAGGAAAACAGUGAAUUUACUUUUAACAAUGAAACACCUUCAGAGAGUGGGUAUUGCAGUAGAAGCAACAAUUUUACCACAACCUCAGGUUCACUCAAUGGAAAUGUUUUACAACAACAGCUUGGAAGUCCUUUUCCUCAAUCAGAUGAACAAAUUUCACGUCCUGUGGAAUAUGCGGAUGGCUUUUUAAAUGAUUUUCCUUUGGAAGAUGACUUGCUUCUAGAAGAAGAGAUCCAAAGAGAGCUGGAAGAAGUGCCACCAGUGGUCGGGAACAGAAACAUAGGUUUAGUUACUGAGAGACUUCCACGUGUGGCUAGAAGCUCAUGGGACUCAUAUUUGAAUGGCCCUUACGAAACAAAUGAUAAGAAUGAGAGAGAGAAACUUGUAGACGCUACCAGCAAGCAGAAGACUUUUGGAAGAAGAGUAUCUACUGGAGGUGAAAAUAGUACAAGUAACUCUUCACAGCACAAUAGUGCACGUCAGACCAACAGUUCUGCAGAUUUCUCUUUGUAUAAUGCUCCUGAAGAAAGCUACAAUGAUAAAGAUCUUGCUGAGAGCAGACAUAAAUCCCAGAACACUUCUCACAGCAGGCUGCUGAACAGUGAGCCAGUAUGUUUUUCAGAAGCUGACGCAGAGGCAGAUCAGCAGAAGCAUGAUAUACAAACCUUUCGUGGCAAAGCAGUACAGGUGCAUGAUCUUGAUUUAGAUUCUCCACCUUUCACAUACAUUUCUGUUCUCCUUUCGAAAAAACCAGAAACUGUUACAAUUCUGAAACUCAAAUGUUUUAUUGUAACUCUUACUGGAAAGCUCACAAGCAAUAAUGGGUCCUGGGGUAUAAAGGCAAAAAUUUCUGAUGGUUCAGCUUAUCUAGAAGUAGAUUUUGCAGAUGAUAUUCUGACAAGUUUGAUUGGAUUUUCAGUGCCUGAAAUGAAUAUAUUGAAAAAAGAUCCUACUUCACAUGCGAAGCUUAAGGAUGGUUUAGAAAAAUGUCAAAGACACCUAAUAGAUCUCUGUUGUCUGAUGACUAUAGAGUUUAAUCCUUUUCAGUCUAAAGCCACUGUAUUAAUUCUGCAGGAUGCUGAUGCAAGGCACCUAGAAGAAUUAAAGAAACGUUUGUAUAAAUAAUGUCUGAAAACUUGUAGAAUGUGGAUUAGGAAACUUCUCAGUCAAACUUUCCCCUAGGGGACUGUUGAAAAUUUAAUUAAAAGUUCAGUGAUGCGUCUUUUCUCUCAGGAAAAAUAGUGGGAAAGUGAGAGGAGGGGAUGACCUGUGGGGGGAGGAAUUUAGUAGUUUAUUUCCUAUGGUGAUCGCGUUUAAAUAAACUUCAAACCUGUUUGACUUAAGAAAUUCAUGUUUAUUCUGUAAAAUCCUCCAUGUUCUUGACUGGUGAUCUGGAGUAGCAGAUGUUGUUAGGAAAUGGAUAAGGAAGAGAAGGUUAGCUCAUUCUUACACUUUAAAGGAUUAUUACUAACCUGAUUUUUAAAAGGUAGUUAUUGGAGACUGUCAGUCUCUUCUCAGAGAAAAGCGAUUACACAACAAAUUAUUGUUUAGAUGCAAAGUCACUUCUGACUAUGCCAACGUGAACAUUUAUAUGCGUAAUUAGUGUGCAAGAACCUGAAGUGAAAGAUCAUCUUUAAAUAUUCAGGUGAGAAAAAAAAUUAUAUACUUAAAUAGGCUAAAAAAAAAUGCACUUGUGUUUUUUAAAAAAAAAAAAACAAACCUUCAAAAUAUUUUAAAUUCCUUUAUUAAUGGAAAAGAAUGAUUGUAACAUGGGGAAUCUAUUUUUGUCUUGUUAAAGUUAAUCAUUACUAAUAGUUUUGAAACCACAGCCACCCUUAUUAAUUAGCUUUAUAGUAUUUAUUAGUCUGAUCUCUUCACAGUGUAGUCAUACGCUUGUGCUGCAUCUAUGUUGUACCUGUAUGCCUAUAUUGGCUUUAGAUUUGUUUGUUUUUUUUUUAUUUCUGCUUUUAGAAUAUGUUUUUUUUAAAGUUAAUUAAAGUUUAAAUGAAAACUUUUUGGUGGAAGCUCUGUAGUCCCUUUCAAAGGAAAAUAUACACCUCAUUGUGCAUGUCGCGUAUUAGAAAUGGACUGCUUGUUUUUUCCUUUCUUCCUUUACUCUCUGCUUUGUUUUUUUGAAAACAAUAGGAAUCUUCCUGUCAGGGUAGAGGAUGAAUGACAAGAGAAUUCUGUGCAAUAUUGAUAUAACUUGCUAAGAAUGUAAAAUUGGUAGCUGAAAGAGGGAUUUUUCCAAUUGGACUGACAAUGUCUUUUUUUUUGGUAGCCGCCUCCUUCUCUAGAUAAUGGUUGCUAGGCCAUCCUUUGAGACUCAAAUUAUCUCUAGUUUUUCCUAAAUCACUUGAAGUAGGGUAAAAAUGUAAGAAAGUAAAUCUCUUUAACAGGAAAUACAGCUCAAUGUAAGCACCUAGUGCAGUGUUGUGGAAACCUCUUCAUUUUUUGUAUUAUGAGUUAUGGAAAUAGCUUAAUUUCCUUCGAAGUGUUGGGUUUACCCUGAAAAAAGGUGAAGAGACCUUAAAGUUUCAGCCAGACUAACAGUACGUGGUUUUUAUUCUACUUGUGUAAAGCAAGAGUGAUGUCAUUCAAACCAUUUAAACUGAAUCAAGUAACUGUUAUCUCUGUCGCAUCUGAUCAAGUCACACCUGCCCCUCUUUUUUUUGAAUCUGUAUUAAGGAUUAGUCAUCUCUGCUAAGAGAAGUUCAUGCUUCGCUGUCCUUUACCUUAAAGGCACUGUGUAAUUUUUUUCUGACUUUUCCUUCUCCCCCUCCCGCCAUUGUCCUUGUCUUCAUUUUUAGUGUUCUUCCUGGAAGGCUACUGCUGUACAUGUUCUCAAGCACAAGCAACAUAAAUCUCAAUACUGUCAAGCUGUUUAGUGCUUGACCUUGCACUGUAAAUACUUAAGUUUAAUUUUCUGGCAUAUAAUGAUGCCUACAGAAUUAAUGAGAAGUAUUACAUAAUUUUGUAACUUUCAGACAGGAAAAAGAAAGAAAGGAAGUGAUUUUGAGAACACACCCUCAGGUGAGGGCAGCAUGUCAAAUGCUGCCCAAAUUCAAGACAUUGAUUCAUGCUUAAUUUACUUCAUGUGCUCUCAAAACCAAGAUCUCUAUUACUAGUCCUAGCAGUUUUGCUCUGUUUUUAUGUAUAUUACCUCUAUGUGCUAGGCGGCGGUACACGUCUCAGUCUUUCAAAAAAUCAAGAGUUCUUAUUAUGGGCCAAAUUCAGGGAACAAGCUGCAUGCUUCAAAGACUCUGGAAAUGAUCGGGAACAGUGUAUGAACAUGCUUCUGCUAGGGAGUGCAACAGAGUUCCUGUGAAAGCUACUGAAGCCAAUUGGCAUGGCAGCCCUGAGUUACAUGUAGCCCUCUAGCAGGAAAGCAGUUACUGCUCUUCCCUUCUUCAUGGUUUUUCACACGUCUACUUUUUAUUGCUAACCUUUUUUUUUUCAGCUGUCAAUAGACUUCUACAACUGCAGUGUGUUUGUCUCUCUAUUCAAAUUCAGAAGCUGUGUUCUUCAGGAAUGUUUUCACAUUAAUGGAAAAACAGCUGCAUUUCUUCAUUACUGGUUACAAUGGAAACUUCUACCUAAUUCACUUUUAGAGUAAGAAACCUCUGAUGUUCUCACGUAAAGUCUUGGAUGAUAUUAAUGUAAAUGAUGAAAGUUUACUCUUGCUGCCUUUUUCAGCUGUUA